UGGUGUGCUGGUAGUGUUGGUGGAUAGAUGAACCCAUAUUCCACUGUAAAGUCAAAUAACAUUCGCUAGAGACAAGACGGAAUUCGUCCGCAGGACGUAAUUUUUUCAAAUCUAGAACUUGAUUAUUGAUGUGAUUGAUACGGUUACGUCGUUUAUCUGGAAAAUAUUGUAGUGAGAAGCUAGAAAGUAGUUGAUCUGUGGAUAUUCCGUCGAAUAGAGGACGAUUUCGAACGGAUCGAAUUUCUCUUUUCCAAUCAGAUAGAGCAGCCAGGGUAACCUUUACUCUAGGGUAAGGGUGUGCGCAAGAAUAAAGAAAGAACGCAAGGCAACCCUGCUAGCAGCAACACGACCAGCAAGAUGAAGAAGAAGGUUCUUUUGAUGGGAAAGAGUGGCUCUGGGAAGACCAGUAUGCGAUCGAUUAUCUUUGCCAACUAUAUUGCCAGAGAUACGAGGAGGCUAGGAGCCACAAUCGAUGUCGAACACUCGCAUGUGCGCUUCCUGGGUAACCUGGUUCUCAACCUGUGGGACUGCGGUGGUCAGGAAUCGUUUAUGGAACAGUACUUUGCUUCCCAGAAGGACAACAUUUUCCGCAAUGUGGAAGUUCUUAUCUAUGUUUUCGACGUGGAAAGCCGCGAGCUGGACAAGGACAUGCACUACUACCAGUCAUGCUUGGAGGCGAUCCUGCAGAAUUCUCCGGACGCCAAGAUUUUCUGUUUGGUACACAAAAUGGAUCUGGUUGCCGAAGAGCAGCGUGAUAUUAUCUUUAAGGAGCGUGAAGAAGACCUGAAGCGGCUUUCGAAGCCACUGGAAUGCACCGCCUUUCGGACGAGCAUCUGGGACGAAACCCUUUACCGGGCGUGGAGCAGUAUCGUAUACCAGUUGAUCCCGAAUGUAAAAGCACUGGAGCAUUCGCUAUAUUAUUUUGCCAAUGUUGUCGACGCUGACGAAGUUCUACUGUUCGAACGAGCCACGUUUCUAGUGAUUUCACAUUGUCAGCGGAAAAACCACAGGGAUAGCCAUAGGUUUGAGAAAGUGUCCAACAUAAUAAAGCAGUUCAAACUAUCCUGCUCAAAACUAGGAGCUAAGUUUUCCUCGAUGGAAGUACGGAAUAGCAUAUUUGCGGCCUUCAUCGACACCUUCACCAGCAACACUUACGUGAUGGUAAUUAUGUCGGAUCCUUCAAUUCCUUCUGAAGCGACCCUGAUUAACAUUCGGAAUGCCCGUAAAUAUUUUGAAGAACUGGAGAAUCCUAACAGCAUGAACGCAACCAAUGCAAUCCAUUCAGCGCACGCAGCUCGGGGCAUGGCCAAUGGAGGUCCUUCUCACUACUACAGCCAUCACCAACAGCAUCAGCAGUUACAGCAACAGUUCCUCCAGCAGCAACAGCAACAGCAGUACCAUAAUGCGAACAACCCAUAUCACUGAUAUUUAAUCAAGAAGAAGUACUUUUAUUUCAAAUAAACCCUUUCCACGCAGCUGGUUAGGUCUGUUAAGGCAAAGCACUGUGAACAUUCUUCCCGAUUUUCUCCUCACAGGCAGACUACCAACUUCCAACGUUGAACUUAGCUGUUAUUAAUCGAAUCAAUUCUAUUUUGCGAUCAAGAUCGGAUUCAUUUUCCUUAGUUUAUUCAAUUGUUAUAUGUUUUCGAGAGCCUAGCCUAUACUUUAUUAACAAAUGAGAAAAAUCAAACACUUAUCUGAAUGUUGAAACCCAGUCAACGGAGCCCAAUACUCCCGAAGAGGUGGAGCUCCCAAUGCUACCAAGUGGCCAUGUUGCUAGAAAAGAUUGACCUUUUCCGCUUUCCUUAAUGUGUUAGCAAACACUUUUAUUCUAUUGUCUUUACAUAUAUACAAACAACGACUAUUAGAGAACCAAUAACAAACUUUAAAUCAAAUUAUUUGUAAGAAACUGAUCAACCCUUAUUGCUGUACAGAAAAGUAAAAAGUCAAAUAAAGUCUUGAGUGUAUGAUAAGGCAGUUUGCUAUCUACUGUACUGUACUGACGGAAAUAAAGAGAUUUUUAGAGAAAAGCUUGAUAA